AGUAGUGGUGGUGGGUCUGAUGAGUAGGAUAUGGAGAUAUGGAAAACAGUUCAGCGUCAGAGGAAGACAGGUGGAAAGGAGAGCAGUAGUAUGAAAAUGUCAUCUAGUAAACGCUCUCUUACUGAUGAUGAGGAAAGAAAUGAUAUGCGGAAAAAACACAUGACAGAGGAGUUUAAAGUAAUUAUGAAAUUCAAGACAGGACAAGAGAUAUCAUCGGUGAGUCCGAUCACGCUGACGAAUUGUUUGAGGAAAGCACUUGGAGAUAUUGAAGUAGCGAAAGUCUUAAGAGACGGCAGCCUGUUUUUGAAAUGCAAGAAUGCUGGACAAAGGGAUAAGGCGCUCAAGCUACAAAGGAUAUGUGAAAAAGAAGUUGCUGAGAGGCAUGACAGCAUGUCAGUGAUGCUAGAAUUUAAAGAUCAAUUUCUACCGGAUAAGGUCAUGAUAGGAUAUAUGAGUUUUAAUGUAAGAGCAUAUGUUCAGCCUUCUAUCAGGUGUUACAAGUGCCAAAGAUAUGGCCACGUCGCCACAGUGUGUAGGGGAAAACAGAGGUGUGGGAGAUGUGGAGGGGAGCAUCUGUAUGGGAAAUGUGGAAACAACAACUCAGUUAAAUGUUGUAACUGUGGAGGAAAUCAUACAGCGGCUUAUGGAGGGUGUACAGUGAGGAAACAGGCUGUUGAAAUUCAACAAGUCAGGGCAGAGCAGAGAGUGACAUAUGCAGAAGCAAUAAAGAUUGUGAGCAAAGAAAAAAGGGUGGAAGAGAUGGAGGAAGCAAAGCAGUCAAGUGUGUUAAACCAGCAGACGGGACUGUCAACAGAAAAACUAGUACUUUUUCUUGCAUAUGUCAUAAACUGCUCAGAUCAAGCAAAAACUAAAACAGAAAAAAUCAAAAUAAUUGUGAAGGCAGCAGCAAAAUUUCUGAAUAUGAAGGAGUUAUCCUGGGAAAAAAUACAAGCAGACCUUAGUCAGGGAGAAGGGACAUCAGCAAGCAGCAGCCCCUACAUAUCAUAGUGUACAUACUCCAAUGGAAUGCUAGGAGUCUCAUUGCAAAUGGACAAGAGUUUAAGAAAUAUAUUGGCGAGUUAAAGGAAAAACCAGAUCUUAUUUGUGUACAAGAGACAUGGCUCAAGCCAAAUUUGGAUUUUGUUAUAAGUGGAUACUCUAGCAUUCGAAAGGACGGAACAAAUGGAAAUGGUGGAGGGUGUGCAAUAUUUAUCAGUCAAGGUAUGAAAUAUAGACAAAUAAUAACAUCACAAGAAUUAGAGAUAGUAGUUAUAGAGGUCUGGACAAAAGACGGACGCAUAAAAUUAAUUAAUUUCUAUAAUCCAUGCAAAAAAUUAAAAAAAGAAGAAAUGGAAGGUAUUCUUGAUGAUUGGAGAGGGAAAAUAGUAUGGUGUGGAGACUUUAAUGCACAUAGCACAGUGUGGGGGGACCAGGAUGACUCAAAUGGGGAAGUAAUAGAGGAAAUACUAGAUGACAAAGGACUGGUAUGUUUAAAUACUGGUGCAGGCACAAGGGUGAAUUUGGCAAGGGGCACAGAGUCAUCAAUAGAUCUCACAUUGGUUUCACAAACUUUGGCAGGGAAAAGUAAUUCAAUUCAAUUUUAUUUAUAAAGCCCAAUAUCACAAAUCACAAUUUGCCUCACAGGGCUUUACAGCGUACGACAUCCCUCUGUCCUUAUGACCCUUGCAGCGGAUAAGGAAAAACUCCCCCAAAAAACCCCUUUAACGGGGAAAAAAAAAAGGUAGAAACCUCAGGAAGAGCAACUGAGGAGGGAUCCCUCUUCCAGGACGGACAGACGUGCAAUAGAUGUCAUACAGAACAGAUCAGCAUAACAAAUUAACAGUAAUCCACAUGACACAAUGAGACAGAGAGAGAGAGAGAGAGAGAGAGAGAUGCAGGUAAUGACAGUAGCUUACAACAACAUUAUUGAAAGUAAUAAUAUUAUAGUUAUAGUUCUGGCUACUGCGGUACAAUAUGUUGAAAGUAUGUAUUAAUAUCUGGCAGUAUACAUGUGUGACAAUAGUCAUAUGUGUAUAAUAACAGUAGAAGUAUGACUAAUGACUAAUGAUGGCAGCAGCAGCAGGAGGCAUCUGGCAGGACCACGGCAGCAACAC